UUAAAAACAAGGAUGCUCAGAAUGAUCAGAAGUUUAAUAUAAUCUCAAAUACGCUUUUUGAUAUGUUGUCAAUUGUUGAUAUUCUUCAACAAAGCGCAAUUUGUGUAAUACACACUUGUAAGUAAACAAUGUGUAUUCCAUGUGUUCAAAAUGGCGGCCAUAUACACACGGUCACGUGAUUGAAUUAAUAUGAGCUGCAAAACAAUGUUUCCAAAACGUUGCCAGUCAUUUCGAACUUAAAUUGUCGUUAAAGUUAUGCAAUGAAUUCAUACAAUAGGCAUACAGAAGAUGCAUAUCCACAGGAAAAUGAAAUAAAUAAAAUGGCGAAUAUCGCGCCAUUCCAAUAUGGCGGCCAAUCAGUGAUCGAGAAAGCUUCAAUAAGGAAGCGUACCGUUUCUUCCUCUUUCUCCAUUCCAGUUGGCAUCUGUGGCACCGAUCGGUUGAUCGUUGCAAAAUCUGGAAGGAACAAUAAUGAAGGUUGCCAUUAUUCCUGGGAAUGGAGCUGGAGAUGUCUUCAGUGCAAACUGGUAUGGCUGGGCAUAUGAGAAAAUAAAUGACAUUCCCGGCGUGACCGCUGACCUCCGUAACAUGCCUGACCCCAUAACUGCUCGGGAGAGUAUCUGGAUCCCAUUCAUGCGUGGCGAAAUGUCAUGUGAUGAAUCAACAAUUAUCAUUGGGCACAGCUCUGGUGCCGAAGCUGCCAUGAGAUUUGCAGAAAAAUACAAGGUCAAGGGCAUCAUAUUGGUCUCGGCCUGCAUCACUGACCUUGGUGACGAAAACGAGCGGGAGAGUGGAUAUUACAGCCGACCUUGGGAAUGGGAGAAAAUUAAGGCCAAUACAGAAUUUAUAGUUCAGUUUGGGUCGACAGAUGACCCUUUUAUUCAAUGGGAAGAGCACCAGCAAGUGGCAGAUGGACUCCAAUCAGCACUGCACAAGUUUUCUGACCGAGGACACUUUAUGAACUCUGUAUUUCCUGAGCUCAUCAAUGUUGUUAAAUCAAAACUGUGUUGAAAAAACUUUAUAAGUUGAAAUUUACAUUAUAGCUUUAAAUUGGUCAUGUUUAUACUCAGUGCUUGAACUAUAUAACUAUAUGUGACCCAGUCAACAACAAUGAUGUGGGAAAAUGAAAGAAAUAUCACUCACACUGUAUGUGCUGUAAAUAUGCAUACGUGAACAAAAUGACAUAUAUUGCAGCAUUAUUGCUCAAGUGAAAAUUCCAACACAAUGCAACGAUUUACACUGUCAAAACACAAAAAAAUCCAUAAAAAAGCAUUAUACUGUUAUGACCAAGUGUUUAUUAGGUAGCUUGCUUAAAUAAUGAAUAAAACAUACCAAUGAUU